UGCCUUUCAGAGCAACAUCUGAAGUCUGCCGGGACACGUAGUACCGAAAGUCUUUAUUUUCCCAAGAUCUAAUGAAAAACGAUGUUCUAGUCACUCCAUUACCCAGAGUCCUUUGCCAUCCAAGUUAGCUUUAGUUACGUUUACACGUUUCUUAGUUCUUUUACUCUGUGGUAACUUUUUCAACUCAUUCUGGUUGGCCUAAUUGCGUUAGCAGUACACGGUGGAAAUAAACGACUCCAGAAUAGGAUUAGAGAUUACAUAGUAAUGUUAUGUAGAUGUAUAAAAAUGUGAGAUGGCAUCAUUCAGUUACAAUUCUCACCUGUUCAGGUGGAAAAGACUCGCGUCUGCCAACAAGAAACCUGUGAAGAAUGAUGACAUUGAUGAGUGGAGAAAGCGAGUGGAGAUGGCCUCAGAGUUUGCCGUGUCUGAAGUAUUCUCCCAUAGGAAACCUCAGUCAGGAAUAAACAGAGUAGCUGCCUCUUUGCAAAGCUCUGAACAGUUGAGGGAUCAUGAUGAUGCUUACAGUGAAGCUCGGGCUCUUCUAGACGACUGGCUGAGCGAUAAGUUACGGAAAGAGCUGGACAUGGAGGAUGAUGAUGAGUUGAAGGUCCAGGAUGAAAAUAUUCAACCUACUGCCGUAGCUAGUGCCCAGCCUACUUCCAUCUCUUACAAGAAGUUUGACGAUUUGUAUAACUGUCUGGUUGAAGAAGAAGACGAACAAUUUGCUGUUGAGAGUUUCCUCCAAGAUCUAAUGGAGCAAGAGCUGCUGGACUCUGGGAUGAUGGAGGAGUUGUCUAUUGAUGAUCGAGAAAGGCAGAAGAAGUUUAGAAACCCAGCAGUCACCAUGGAAGCAAGACAACAACAGGUACGAGAGAACAGGGCACGCAGGGAGGCUGAGAGACAGAGGAAGCAGAGGGAGAAGGAGGCUCAGCAGGAUGCCAGGAAGGAGGCGAAGAGGAAGGAGCAAGAGGAGGAAAUGAGGAAGAAGCAACAGGAACAUUGGGAGGAGGAGAUGGUGAAGCAGGAGACAGUGAGACUGAGACGACUGAUGGAGGAAAAGAAGAGCCUGCAACAUUUUGCUUGUCAAAGAGAGAAAGAGAAAAUAGUGCAGAGAGCGGUCAGAAGCCUUGAGUCAACCGCAACACUACCCUCAAAGCAGCAUUGGCAGGACUGUAAUCAACUACAUCAAGAACAGAAGAUUCAAGCAAAGAUUAACAUGAGCAAUCUGAAGUGUCUGCACAGGCAUCUGUCUGGAUGGCACUCAGUGGUGUUAAAACGAAGGAUACAUAUGGGUAAGGCAGUGGCCCUCUGUGAUUGGAGGAGGCAGCUGAAAGCAUGGCAAGCAUGGCGAGCUGUGGUGUGGGCGGAGCAUAAUAAGCGAGAGGUGGCGAGGACAGAGGAACAACUGCGAACAGAAAACAGACAGUGCCAGCUGGCUGUGGAAAAUGACCGAAGACGCUUGCUGCGGCGAUGUCUAAACGAGUGGCAGCUCUGGUGUCGGAUGGAGAGGUCACAACGGGACCUUUUGGCCCGGCAGCAGGAGACCAAAGUUAAGAUGGCUGCAUUGAUCAACGCUGCAGCUGCAGGAAAGCUCACAGCCAUAAAAACAUGUGCUGAUACACCAGAAAGUCUCCUACCAGAGCCUAAGAACCAAGAGGAUACAGGAGUCAAGGAUCACAGUGCAGCAGAGAAUGAAGUGCUUGAUGCCUCUACACGACAUCAGGGUAAAGCCUCUGUGGGUCAUGUGGGCCAGGCUCUGCAACCAUGGCAUGUGACCCGAUGCCACGCAGCACCCACCGCUGCAGAGCUACAAGAUACACGACGGAGAAUAAGAGAAAAUGGGGUUCUCAGCACAGAAGGCAAGUCUGAAAACAGACAGGCUGUCCAUCAGCAGAUCAUCACACAACAGAGGAAGCUCCUGAAGAAGCAGCAGGAGCAAAUCGCCCAGCUGAAGGAAAAGCAGAGCCUGAUGGUGUUGGAGUUGGAAAUGGAGAAGACUGUACAGCUUACCCAGCUGUCAUUGCUACGAAAAGCGAAGAGCUGCAGCCUUGGCCCCGGGGAGCAGAGCUGCAGAGCUCCCAGGGCUACUGGGGAACCCGAUAGUCAGAGCGCACCUUCCAGGAAACCUGUCAUGAAGCAGAUUUGCCCCCAUCCCAUCAUCACAGCCAUGGAAACUCGGGCACGACAGCGCGCCGAACGAAGGCAGGAGAUCGAGGAAAUCAAGAGAAGGAAAGAAGAGGAAAAGCUGGCCGAGAUGAAAGCUGCCGAGGAACAUAGGCAGAGGGAGGAAGAGGAGAUUAAGCGCAAGGCAGCAGAAAAGAAGAGGGAGGAGAAGAGGCUGGAGCGAGAGAGGGAAGCCGAAAGACAAAGGCAACUAAAAAGGCAUCAGGAGCUCAUCAGACUAGCAUGUAAACACCGUAACACAACCUUGCUGUCACAUCGAGGCCUGGCGCCAUGGAAACGCCUCAUUCAGUUAAGACAUGCCAACAUGGAGCUGGCUAAGAGUCAUCACAACCUCUCCCUCCUGAGGCGAUGCACACUGGGAUGGCUACAGUAUGCAAGAGAGUCCCUGUGUGAGAGAGAGGCCUGUGCUGAUCAACUACAGCAGCAUUUUCUGCUUCGUAAGAGCUUGAACUGCUGGAAGAGACUGGGGGACCUGCGGAUGAUUCAGGAAGAGCAAGCUGAGCGUUUUUAUCGGAAGCGCACUCUGAGAAGGUUCCUGCUGGCUCUGCUGGACCAUGUGACACAGGAGAGGCUAGUGGACUGGGACUGUGGAAAGCUGGCAGAGGAACACGACAAUAGACGUGUCCUGCAGAGGUGUUUCCAGGCCUGGAGGCAGCUUCCUUGUGUGCUGCGGAGAGAGAGGGAGAAGGAGGCGCGAAGGCAGAAGCUGAGCAGGAAAGUGGCAGAGCUUCUGUCUGAUUUCUACUCCCAUCCACUGUAAACGCCUGCGAGAGAAACAGUCUUGUCUGCAGGCGAUGAGCUGCCAAUCGGCACAGUACAAAAGCUCCAGAGUUACUCCAGCAGUGGCAUAGGAUAAAGAAAAAAGCUUGUUCAUUUCUCAAUUUUAUUUAAUAAAAUAAAUAAAAUUCAUUUGAAGCCCA